GCGAUUCUGUUCCUCUUAGCGACACCAACGUCGUGAAGAGGUCGUGAAGAGGUGUCCGCUCGUCGCGUCUGUUUUCACGCUCGAAUUAAUGAGAUUUUGUCGCGACGAGCGAUAAACCAAACAGGCUCAGACAAAAAUUUUAGCUUCCUUAUUUUUCUCUUUUUCGGCAGCGGAACGGCUUGUGCGCACCGCACCCACACGGAAGCGGUCGCGGUGGGAACGGAAACCUAAUCUGUAAACAACAGUGUGAGUGGCAACAGUGGCAACAAAACGCGUGCGAGGCGACAGAAGAACAUGUUCAAAAACACCUUUCAGAGUGGAUUUCUGUCCAUCCUCUACAGCAUCGGGAGCAAACCCCUUCAGAUAUGGGAUAAGAAGGUAAGAAAUGGCCACAUCAAGAGAAUCACAGACAAUGACAUUCACUCACUGGUGUUGGAGGUUGAAGGGACAAACGUCAGCACCACCUACAUAACAUGUCCUGCAGACCCAAAGAAGACGUUGGGCAUCAAACUUCCAUUUCUGGUCAUGAUCAUCAAGAACCUUAAGAAGUAUUUCACCUUUGAAGUCCAGGUGUUAGACGAUAAAAACGUUCGGCGAAGAUUUCGGGCGAGUAACUAUCAGAGCACGACGCGAGUGAAGCCGUUCAUCUGCACCAUGCCCAUGAGGCUGGACGACGGCUGGAACCAGAUUCAGUUCAACCUGUCGGACUUCACCAGGAGGGCGUAUGGAACUAAUUAUAUUGAGACGCUGCGUGUACAGAUCCACGCUAACUGUCGAAUAAGGAGGGUGUACUUCUCCGACAGACUGUACUCUGAGGACGAGCUCCCAGCAGAGUUUAAACUCUAUCUGCCCGUCCAGAACCAAAAGGCAAAGCAGUAGAGUUUUUCAACCUGAACCUUUCCCCGUGACCUGAUGUGAAGUUUAGCUGUAAGACUUUCUGUGUGUAGAUAUGAGAUUUGUAAUAUUGUUAAUGUGGAGCUACGAAUUUUUUUGAGUGCUGUCUUGUGUUGCUCUCUGCACAAUAGUUUUUUAUGGACUGACCUGUCACUACAGUCUUCAGUGCAUUGUUGUUAACUGAUAAUUGGCAAAUACUGAUUCUACAGAAACCAUGUUCUGUGUCCUGAUCAAAAGCCAGAUGCUUUCUGAUAAUCAAGUGUUACUUGCCAGUAGAAUGAAGACAAAGUGCUUGUUUAAAAAAAAAAAUACAAAUAAAAAUAGACAGGUCUAUUCAUCAAAUAUAAACAAUCUUUAUCCAACAACACAAACAGUUUCAAAGAAAAAAAAACAUGAAAAUUAUUUUCCUUCUGAAAACAUAUACUCUUUGUUUCACUUGAUCUGAUGACAGAGUUUAGAGUAUGAACAAAUUAAUAAUAUGUUCAGAAACAGGAAGGGGUGGGCUUUAGCCAAAUUAAAUAACACAAUCUUUUACAAGAGAUGAAACCUAUCUUAUAUUAAUUCUCAGGAUGGCAUCUGUUCACUUUCAUAUUGCCAUUUUCAAGAAAUCUCAUGACAAACAAAAAGCAAAGCAGAAUUAAAAGUGAGCAACUUGGGAAAUGCAUUUUUCAUGUGAGGGUCAUGCAAAUAAAAUGAAUCAUUUAUUCUAUA